UAACACGGAAGAGCUAGAAAUAAGUUGUAGGUAAGAGGUACACACUGAGUGACACGAUGUUUGGAAAGUUAAGUGAACACUUGAUCAUGGUGUUUCUGGUCUCGAUGCUGUUAGUCAUGAGCAUUGCCGUGCCAGGAACCCUAGGAUAUACUCACUAUGAUCAGGCCCAGUUGAACGCAACUAUUGCAGCAUUGGUACACAGCAAUGGACCUGUAACACAAGUCGAUGACACACACGAUCAUUCGAGUUUCUCGAUUAGAUUUGCCAACGAUUUGCAUAUCCAAAUUCCAUGCGACUUUGGCCGUCAUUAUUAUAAAAAUGUCAACACUUGCGUGUCGACGUCCAAAAUGGUGAUAAUUUACGAUCAUUGCCAGUUUUCAAUGCGUCCAGAUUGCUGGAACGAAAUGCCUUUCUGCUUCCUCGACAGCAGCAAGAGCGAUGUCUAUGGCGAAGAUAACUGCCUGCCCUAUUUUAAAUUCAACAAAGAUCUAUGCCGGUGUGAACUCAAGAAAUGAUAAACUGUACCAUACGUGUUCUGACAUAAAUGUAAUAUCAAACAGAUAGAUAAUUUAUGAUGAUAAUGAAAUAUAAUAAACUCCUUUAUCGUAUUACAGAA